AUGGUCCUCAUGAAGCGCAAUACAUAUGACCAAUUGUUGUCGGAGCACAUUAAGAGUACCAGAUGUGACAUUGUGCAAAGGGAUACGGUGGACAAACUACAGGCUAGAGUUAAGCGCUUCGCUAACACUAAACUGGCUAAGAGACUAGAAAUGAGGAAUAUUAUAGUCGAUGCGCCUAAUACACCGAAGUUGUUUGCCUUCGCAAAAAUCCACAAAGUAGGACAGCAACUACGUCCUGUUAUUGAUAAGGCCAGGGCGCCAACACAUAAGAUGAAGUUCGUCCACAAGCUGAUCACGCCCUACUUGGAGGAUUAUUUGUACAUGCUGAGUGACCCUGUAGACCUUAUAGAGACCCUAAAGAAGAUCACCGUAACACCUAAGUUUCUCACAGUAUUGGAUUUCAAGUCGCUGUUUCCAUCAAUCCUUCUCUCGCCUGCCUUUUGCGCCAUCAGAGAUGUACUACUAUCUAUCAUCAACGAUAAUACGGUACACCAGCAAAUUCUGGAGAUGGCCCAUCUAUUGUGUUACAAUUCAUUCUUCCAAUUCAAAGGUAGCGUGUACACGCAAGGAAGAGGAGUCCCUAUGGGUUGUCCGAUCUCUGGGAACUUAUGCGAGAUGGUGGUUUGA